CGCCCGAACUCAUUCAGUUUGGCUAUAGAAUGGCUUGGAGUUUGAAGUUGAUCGCUGUUUUGUUGGCUUUGUCUUCGGUGGCACACGCCCUGCCUAAUGUGGGCCGUGUAGUGGGUGGUGAAGAUGCAGAAGUCGGUCAAUUUCCCCAUCAAGUAUCAUUGCAACGUUCCGAUGGCUCCCACAACUGUGGUGGAUCCAUUUUGAAUGAGCGUUUCAUUCUCACAGCUGCCCAUUGUGUGGUUAAGGCAGGAGUUGUGGCUUAUCCUCCCCAAAACUUCCAAGUGCGUGUUGGCAGCGUUCAAUACAUGACCGGUGGCAAAUUAUUGCAACUGAAACGCAUCAUUGUCCACAAAAAGUAUGGCAAUUUCUUGAACGAUCUCGCUCUCUUGGAGUUGGAGCAACCUUUGCAAUGGACUGAUAACAUCAAACCCAUUGAAAUGGCCGAUACUGAAGUUCCCUCGGGUGAGGAUGUCAUUGUUUCCGGCUGGGGUCGCCUCUGGAAUGGUGGUCCCAUUCCCCAACAUUUGCAAUGGAACACCUUGAAGGCCAUGUCCACUAAAGAGUGUCUGAUGGCCAUCAAUAUGGGCAAUGAUAGUUUGAUGUGCUUGGCCCAUGCCAAGGAUAAUGGUGUUUGCAAUGGCGAUUCUGGUGGACCUGCUACCUACCAAGGCAAAUUGGUUGGUGUUGCCGGUUUUGUGGUCGGUGGUUGUGGCACCAAGAAUCCUGAUGGUUAUGCCAAGGUGCCCUAUCACAAGAAUUGGAUUUUGGAAAAUAUGACUCCCUCUGAACACUCAAAAAAUAUUGGAACACAUAGUUGCUCCACAAAUGUGCCAACUCGUUUUUUGUUUGUAUUUGCUAUGGCUUCGGGUUUGAAGUUGGUUGCUCUCUUAUUCGCUUUGGCUUCCGUGGUACGCGCCCUGCCCAGUGGCGGACGUGUUGUGGGUGGUGAAGAUGCCGAAGUAGGUCAAUUUCCUCAUCAAGUAUCUUUGCAACGUUCCGAUGGUUCGCACACCUGUGGAGGAUCAAUUUUGAAUGAACGUUUCAUUCUUACUGCUGCACAUUGUGUGGUGGUUGGCGAUGGAGUUGAGGCCUAUCCUGCCCAUUUCUUCCAAGUUCGUGUUGGCAGCGUUCAACGCAUGGCUGGUGGCAAAUUGUUGAAAUUGAAACGCAUCAUUGUAAAUAAGAAUUAUGGCGAGUUCUUGAACGAUGUCGCUCUCUUGGAGUUGGAACAACCUUUACAAUGGACCGAUAACAUCAAACCCAUUGAAAUGGCCGAUACUGAAGUACCCUCUGGUGAGGAUGUCAUUGUUUCUGGUUGGGGUCGCCUCUAUACUGGUGGUCCCAUUCCUCAACGUCUGCAAUGGAACACCUUGAAGGCCUUGACCACUGAAGAGUGUGAGGCCGCCAUCGAGUGGGGCUAUGACAGUUUAAUCUGCUUGGCACAUACCGAGGAUAAUGGUGUUUGCAAUGGCGAUUCCGGUGGUCCCGCCACCUACCAAGGCAAAUUGGUUGGUGUUGCUGGUUUUGUUGUCGAUGGCUGUGGUACCAAAAAUCCCGAUGGUUAUGCCAAGGCUUUGCCUACCAAUGAGGGUCGCAUAGUCAAUGGGGCUGAGGCCAAAGAAGGCCAAUUUCCCUAUCAAGUUUCAUUGCAAAAUAGUGCCAAUGGUAGACACGUUUGUGGUGGAUCUAUUCUAAAUGAACGUUUUGUACUCACAGCGGCUCAUUGCGUGGGAAAUCCUGGAGGCGAAGAUCCUUUUCCUGCCGAAGGCUACCAAGUUCGUGUAGGCACCAUCAAAUACCAAACAGGAGGUCAAUUGUUGAAAGUGAAACGUAUAAUAUCCCAUAAAUCCUAUGAAAGUUUCUUCAAUGAUCUAGCCUUGCUGGAAUUAACCGAACCCCUACAAUGGUCCGAUAAGGUUCAGCCUAUUGAAUUGACCGAUGCCGAAGUAAAAUCUGGCGAAAAAGUAAUUAUCUCAGGUUGGGGCAUGUUAUCCACUAGUGGUCCCACAGUUCCCGACGAUUUACAAUGGACUACCGUUAAGGCUAUAAGUAAAGAGGAAUGUUCUGCCUACCAGUGGGGCUAUGACAGUUUGAUCUGUUUGGCCCACAUCAAUUCCAAUGGUGCUUGUUGGGGUGAUUCCGGUGGCCCAGCCACAUACCAGGGCAAAUUGGUUGGCGUCUCUGGUUUUGUCAUCAACAAUUGUGGCAGCGAAUAUCCCGAUGGUUAUACCAAAGUUUUUCAUUUCAAAGAAUGGAUUUUGGAAAAUAUGAAAACAAAGCAUUCCAAAAUGAAGCUACAAUUGCAAUUGGCAACGUUUCUAGUGGCUGCCAUCUAUCUGGUUAAUGCUUUGCCCGCCAAUGAUGGCCGCAUAGUUAAUGGGGCUGUAGCCAAAGAAGGUCAAUUCCCCUACCAAGUUUCGUUGCAAAAUAGUGCCGAUGGUAGUCAUGUUUGUGGUGGAUCAAUUCUAAAUGAACAUUUUGUGCUCACUGCAGCUCAUUGUGUGGGAAAUCCUGGAUCAACUUUCCCUGCCAAAGACUACCAAGUUCGUGUAGGAAGCACCCAAUACAAAUCUGGAGGUCAAUUACUGAAAGUCAAACGCAUUAUAUCCCAUAAAUCCUAUAGCAAUUUCUUAAAUGACCUAGCCUUGCUGGAAUUAUCUGAACCCCUUGAAUGGUCCGAUAAUGUGCAGCCUAUUGAGUUGGCUGAUGCGGAAGUUGCUCCUGGCGAAUCAGUGAUUAUUUCCGGUUGGGGCAUGUUAUCCACCAGUGGCCCAAUUCCAGAAAAUUUACAAUGGACUUCUGUCAGGGUUAUAAGUAAAGAGGAAUGUGAUGCUUCUGUCAUGUGGGGCUAUGACAGUUUGAUCUGUUUGGCCCACAUCAAUUCCAAUGGCGCUUGUUGGGGUGAUUCCGGUGGUCCAGCCACAUACCAAGGCAAAUUGGUUGGUGCUUCUGGAUUUGUCAUCAACAAUUGUGGCAGUCAAUUCCCUGAUGGUUAUACCAAAGUUUUCUAUUUCAAAGAAUGGAUUCUUGAGAAUAUGAAACUCGUGGAAUAAUGCCAAAGAGAUUACUGGGAAAAAUAUGUGUGAAUAAAACUUGCGAUGUAAAUUAUUGGUUUUU